CCACUCGCUCACCUCGCCAUGAGUGCCGCUCGCGCCAGCAGCAGCAGCAGCAGCAGCAGUCUACUGCGGGCAUUCCGUCCGCUCUCCCUCCGUGCGCCCCGCCGCACUCUCGCCUCGGCCGCCACGCUCUCGCCCAACGCCGCCGCCUCGGCCGACGCUCCCGCCGCCGCCGCCGCCUCGCCUCUGGCACCGCCCACGCCCGUCGCCGGCGAUGCGUGGCAUCCCACGGCUCGGCGUGUGGGCCUCAUUGCCUGGAAGCGCGGCAUGACGUCCUACUUUCUCCCCAACGGCACGCGUCUGCCCGCCACGCUGCUGCAGCUCGCACACUGCCAGGUGUCGGCGCACAUCGGCUUCGCGCCUGAUUCCGCCGCAGCAGGCGCAGAGGCAGCCGUCAAGGCAAAGACACGCACCGGAGAGCCGUACCAUGCACUGCAGAUUGCCGCCGUCGAUGCGCGCUCCAAGCGCGGCGUCAGCGCCCAGGUGCGCGGACAUUUGCAGAAGGCAGGCGUGGGCGCAAAGAAGGUGAUCCGCGAGUUCCGCGUCAGCAAGGAUGCCAUUGUUCCGCUCGGCACCGAGUUGUCGGUGCACCACUUCGUUCCCGGGCAGCACGUCGAUGUGCGAGCCAUCACGCGCGGCAAGGGCUUCCAGGGCGGCAUGAAGCGCCACGGCUUCAAGGGUCUGCGCGCAAGCCACGGCGUGUCCAUCUCGCAUCGCAGCUUGGGCUCCACGGGCCAGCAUCAGGAUCCGGGACGCGUGUUUCCCGGCAAGAAGAUGGCCGGUCGAAUGGGCGGCACGGCGCACCGCACGGUGCAGAAUCUGCGCGUGCUGCGCAUCGACGAGCGAGACUCUACGCUCCUCGUCUCCGGCGCCGUGCCGGGCCCCGAGGGCGGCAUCCUCACGCUCGUCGAUGCGAAAAAGGCCCUCGUGGGCGCGGCGGCCAAUGCGUGGGCAAAGGGAAAGACGCUGAGUGGCGAGCUGGCGACGGGAAAGGAGGCGAUGGACGUGUACCUCAAGAACGGCUUGACACAGUUGCCCUUUCCCGCCGCGACCAAGGAGAUGGUCAAGGGAUGGCCAAAGGUCGUAGAGGUGGGAGAGCUGCAAUAGAUGCGACAACGACGUAGGCGCGUUGUUGCGCGUGCGUGAGA